GUUAUUAAAGAAUUGAAUGCUCCCCUUGGUCGGCUCUUACAUUUGUCCCCCGGAAAAUUCUCAGCUUCUACUUUCUAUUGAUGGCAAACAUCCCCAUAACCAUUCCUUCUCUUUUUUCUUCUUUCUUUGAGUUUCAGUUUUCUCUCUCUUGUUAGUUCUUGGUAAAAGAAAAGAGAUGAACUUUAUUAUUGAACAAGAUGAUUCUACAUGGAAGCUAUGCUGAUGUUUCUUGCUGACACCAACGAACAUACAAACAGAGACAGAACCUUUUUAGUUUCAAAAAGCUGCAUUUUCUUCGUUUAUUAAAAUGUCUAAUCUUUCAGCACGAACAGGAAGAGACCGUCAACGUUAUGACAACAACUUCCGUCUUGUUUCUGGAUGCAUUCCGUAUAGAGUGGUGGAAGAUGAAGAGGACUCGAGUGUUGACUUUCAAAACAAGCUUCAAGUUCUCAUGGUUUCAUCUCCUAACCGACACGAUCUUGUCUUCCCCAAGGGAGGAUGGGAAGAUGAUGAAACUGUUCUUGAAGCUGCUUCUCGUGAGGCCAUGGAAGAAGCAGGAGUCAAAGGAAUACUAAGAGAAGAUCCAUUAGGAGUUUGGGAGUUUAGAAGCAAGAGUAGCAGUGUGGAACCUGACUGCAUCUUUGGUGGAUGCAAAGGCUAUAUGUUUGCGUUAGAGGUGACUGAAGAGCUUGCAACAUGGCCAGAGCACGAAAACCGCGAGAGGAGAUGGCUGAAUGUUAAAGAAGCUUUGGAACUGUGUCGGUACGAGUGGAUGCAGUGUGCUCUCGAAGAGUUCCUAAGAGUAAUGGCAGAAGAUGGAAGGACAAAAGAAGAGACUCUUGCGGCUUCAAGCAUUUCAAAUCGAGAAGAGCGUCAGAUCGGUUCAUCGGUUCUGCUUUGUAGUUAAAUUUAGUUUUGGUUUCUGUUAGGCAACGUCAUCAAACUUCUUCAAUUGUUAUAUAUUUUCUUGAUUGUUGAAAAGCUUUCUUUUGUUAAACAAAGUUAAAGACAUGAGAAAGCUAAUGAAUUAAGACUCAGUUUGUUCCAA